AUGGCUGAGGUUGUGGUCAGUCUUGAUUCUAUACUAACAUUACAGGAGAAAACCAAUAAUUCCUUGCAGACUUCCGGAAAAACAUUAUAUGAAAGAAUGCUUGAUUUGUUGCCCUUUCCCUCCAACGAAGAGAACUCUGCCCAUGGUGUUGUGAUAUUAUCAGGUGAUAAAAAGGGAAAGAGUCGAAAUGCUGGUGAUACAAUAAAAGCUGACAACAAAUAUUCCUCAAAUCCUUCUCCGAAUUUGAAAGCGUUUAAGUUUGCUGAUCUGCAAAGGGCAACUAAAAAUUUUAGUCAAGACUUUCUCUUGGGAGAUAAUGGAGUUAUGUUCUUAUGUUGGGUUGACAAGUUCACAUCCGUUCCUUCAACAAAGGGUGUUGGGAUUGCAGUUGCUAUUAAAAGGUGUCAAGGUCUUCAAGAAUAUGAAACAGUGGUAGGCGUAUUAGGAAGUUUGGCUCAUCCAAAUAUUAUUAGUCUUUUGGGACACUCUAAUGAUAAACCCCACGAAUACUUUCUUGUUUACGAGUACAUGGAAAAGAGAAAUCUUGAUCACUUCUUAUUUGAAGAUGCACCACUUUCCUGGGGACGACGACUUAUAAUAUUGAUAGGAGUAGCACGUGCACUUGCGUAUAUACAUUCGUCAAGCUAUCAAGUGAUACACCGUAAUGUUAAACCCUCUAAUAUAUUCCUCGAUCAGGAUUUUAAUACAAAACUCGGGGAUUUUGGGUUUGCUAAAUUUGGGUCUGAAAUUCACAAAUUAGAUGCUACUACACGUGUUAUGGGUACCAUUGGUUAUGUUGACCCAUUGUAUGUAAAGACAGGUCAUCUGACUAUGAAGAGUGAUGUCUAUAGCUUCGGAGUGGUAUUGCUGGUAACCCUAACAGGUGAUGGGGCAUGGGGGUCGCCUAAUUAUCAAUUAAAUUUGGCAGAACUGGCAGGUCCAUUCCUAACAAGUAGAAGCAAGCUAGAUAAAAUAAUGGAUCCACGUCUACAGAAAGAUUACCAGCUAAAAGCGCUUGGAACGAAUAUAUGCUCUAACCAAAUAAUAAAGCUUGAAGGUCUCAAAUAGCACUACUAGAAAAAGAGGUAUCAGCGAUGAAUUAGCCACCGAAAAAAUCCCUAGCUAAUCAGUGAUGGACUUGCAAGGGUUUAGCGACCGAAGUUAUAUUAAUGUGUAAUACUAAAUUUCAGAUGUGGUUGAUUCAAUGGAUUCUUUUCAUCCGGGAAAAAUCAGUAGCUGAUUUUUUAAUUCCCUCCCAUUUAUUUGGUUCAACUUUUUGUUUCCCUCCCACUUAUUUCGUUCCCCCCAUUCAUCUCUCCCAAAUCGACACCCUCAACCUCUCUUCCCAAAUCGACUCCCUCACUUCUCCUCCCAAAUCUUCUGUAAAUCUUAUGUAACAUUCUUUUACAUUUAGCCCUUCGUCUUUCUCAUCCUCCAUUGCACAUCGAGAUGGCGCCGAUCGAUCUGAAGUUACAAAAUGCGAGAAACCCUAGCGAUAGCAUCAUAUUCAUCAUCGACGACAACAAACGUCAUCCCACCAGCCGAAGCAGCUUGGGUUAAUACAUAUGAAAGAUUAUCACCGCGCUGAAAAUCAUUCACCCCUCCUUCUCAGUUGUGAUAUCUAGAGUUAACCAGGUGGAUACAGCAAGACUUGAUGUUGAGAUGUCAGCCAUGUUGAAAGAGCAAUUAGUCAAGGUUUGCUCUGAAAUGAAGCCAGGAUUGUUUUUCAAUACGAAGCUGAGCUUGAUGCUUUCCUUGAGUUUCUCUUAUGGAGGUUCUCCAUUUGGGUUGAUAAACCUACUCCAGGAAAUGCUCUCAUGAAUCUAAAAAAUAGAGAUGAGCAUGUCAUGACUACAAGAGGAAAAAGUACAAGAAUUAUAGUGAGAGAGCCCUGGACAUAUUCACCCCUGCACAGUCAAAUUGACGUAUUUGCCCUUCUGGUUUGCUACUAGUACCAAGAUAAACUCCAAAUGAUUCACCCGAGAUGGAAAACUAGUGCAAAAUCUCUUAUAAUGCUAUUCUUGAUCGUAUACGUGAGGAGAUAAAGGAUGUGCUUAGGGUGGAACGUGAAGAAAUUAAGCCAUAAAAACAAGAAAAUUUCAAGAUUUAUAACGACAUUCACACUUAAUUCACUAGAGGAAGUAACCUACCCAACUAAUUAAACUUCCACAUUUGAUUUUUCUAAUUUGGUUUCGAUACUUUGAAAUCGAUUUACACUUUGACUCUUGA